UCGACCGGUUCUCCGACCCAGAAGGCAGACUGGUUUACAAGUCAUUGUGGAACCUCCCGGCAUCCAUAUAGCUCACCUCCCACCUUCCCCCCCAGGCAUCCAUGAGGACUAAAGGUCAACUGGCAGACAAGCAACACACCAAGUCGCAACACUGACUGCCAUUCUCCUCGACCAAUACGAUCUAUCAUCACCUUGACUCAGACCCGGAUCAAGGCGGGAACACACACUUAGACCGAAUGCAUAUCCACAUCGAUAUGACAGAGAAUCACUAUCUAGCAGCGAGUGUGCACCACCAGGACAACCUCCGCGCGGACUGCUUGCCUGGCACAUGCUCAAGUGAGCAGCCCGCCCUGGUCGCCUACUCAACACAAGACUUGACUCCCUACACUGCCGUCUCAUCAUUCAACUACCCGGCUGCCGCGGAUUCUAGCCUUCUGACACCUGUAUCCAACGCCGCCUCUCCUCCACUACAGCAGAGGCAGUCAACAAAGGGCAUGCAGUACACCUCGCAAGCCGUCUCUGGUCCUCAGCAGCCCACCCCCCCUAGCACCUCCGGGAUGUACUAUCCUUCGUAUGAUAUCAACGCGUCCAGCCAGUCUCCGUCGCCAUUGACGGUCCACCCCCAUGCGGCCGAGGCGCAUUUCGACAUGGCUCCUUACAUGGGGCAAUCCCCCCAUCCCUCACCCAAGGACGAGGUGCCGCCUCCAAUCAACCAGUACCUGGGUCACUACACCGUCUCUGGCAACUGUAACGAAUCCGGCGUGGCCAACUCCUUCAGUGAAUACCCCGAUUUCAACGACGUCGACUCUGGAUACCUGGCUCGGGCGCCGGGGCAGAUGCAGGUCAGCGCAUCGCAGCUACAUCGACACAUGGUGGUCACAUCUGCCGCACAAGCCCCGACCCUGACCCAGCCGCACUCUUCGCAACUCAGGCCGCAAGCCGGUGGGAUAGAGGACCUCCGGGAUCCUGGAAUGCUCGCUCAUGGACUCCCUGGUCCAGGCGGCUUCCAGUCGCGCAUUUCGGACAGUCCUGGCCGGCGACAGCCGCAGCGGAAACAAAAGCUGCCACAGCGCCGGGCUCCGCGUAACUCCCGACAGCAGCAAAACCAGGCGCAGCUGGCAGAGGCCGCCCAACAGGCAGACCAAACCCCCCCGGACGAGAGCGAAUGCGAACCCCUGAAGUUGAACGAUAAAGCUCCCGUCGAAGAUAGAUUUCUCUUCGAGCUUCGUCAGAAGUACAUCGGGGAGAAAGGAAAGGGCAUGUGGGAAGACAUUUCUGCCGAGUAUGCUGCGAAAUACCAGCCCAUGGAGAAAGCAGCCCUCCAGAUGAAGAUCUCACGGGCGGUAGCUAAAUACGGCGAAUGGCCCCCGACGGAGAUCAACGCACUCAUAGAUGCCUUCAAAAAGGACGAGGCGGCUCGGUAUGAUCGCCUUCUCGAGGCUAUGAAGAAGCUUGGGGGCGGCAGGGUUUGGGACUGGCGACCCCAACACAUCGAGGCCAAGCUAGUCACCCUCGGUUACGAGGAGCAAAAUGUCGACGAGCGGACCAACUCACGCCGCCGGAGGCGUGCUGUUCAACGUCGGCGAACCAACUCUCAGAACCAACAGACCCCGACUAUCCUAGGCGAAUGGACUAAUGGCCUCGGGCUGCAUUCUGUCCUGAACACACCGCAAGGCUACGCUCUAGCGCACCACCCUACUUCGCAUGAUCUUGCGAACCCCCACGACCACAUGGCUCCGAACUACACGGAAGAGCAGAAUGACAAGUUGCUGGACGACAUCUUCAAGACAUCUAUCAAGGCGGAUCCCGACACCGCCUCUAGCCCGGAUGCGAUGGAAAUAACCUACGAGGCGAACGGGAACAGAGCAAACGCCCAGCCAACAAAAGCCAGGUUCGACCACAACCAUCAAAUAGCUCGACAAGCCUGCGAACAGACCGCCCGGCCGCCGUUGCGCAGGUAACGGGACAGGGUCGCGGAUUUGUCACUGGGGAGGGAGCAGGGAAAGACAGAUAUAAUGCUCACGCAAACAUCUUUCUAGGGUUCGUUGUUCUUGGAUGAUCUAGGGUUUCUUCUCAUACUCUACAAACCUG